AUCAGCGGUGGAAAUAAAAUGGUGAUCACUGGUUGAGAAUGUCGAGAUUUGUUGAGGUGGCGAAAAGAAAUUAAGAAGGGAUAACUGGCUGCCCAUUAACCUCAUUAAAAAAGAGUGUGACGUAGGAAAAUAUUGAAGCAAGUGUCACUUGGAAAGUGCAGGAGCAAGUUGUCACGGCACGCGAGUUGGGGGGUCGAAGUUGAGGGCGUCAUGGCACGGAGCUGCAGCCAUGGGCACACAGGAGGUGUGUCCAGCGUCCCAGAGGCAUGCAAUGCAGCGUUGCGAAGUGCGAGCGCGAGGAUAGGUGCGAGCACGAGCAUGGACGCCAGCAUAAGCGUAGUCGGAAGCGUGGAUGCGGGCAUGUGGGACGCGGGUGUCGAUGUUGCGACACGGGGUUGCGGCUACGACACGUACGUAUACGAGGACGCAGCCGCAAGGUGGAUUGCGGAAGACGCAGCGGGCCUUGCCAGCGGAGGCGUCGAUACCGGGGCCGUGAGCCAGCUCAAAGCCUACAUCAGAGCCUGGUUCGGAGUUGCACCAGAGCACGGUUGGAAGCUGCAUCGAGCGUGGUUCGAGCUUGCUGCAGACGCGGUCCAAGCAAGGUGCGAGACGCGGUCCGAGCUUGGUGAGUACGUGGUGCAAGCCUGGUGGAAGCCUAGUUGCGAGCGGGAAAUCGUGACCAUGGCGAGCAAAGGCAUGGAGGCAAGCAAUGUUUUGGAGGAGGAACGAGUGCGAUGGGAGACGCGUGGGGACGCGAGACCGAAGAGAAGGUCGAGGGCGGUGUCACUAGCGUCACUGGACGUCGAAACAACCUUUGAGGGAAGGCUGGCCGACAGGGAGUUGGCUACGGGGGACGUCCAUGAGCAGCACGUCACUCUUAACUCCGAGGAGGAUGGGGGUGGCACGGUCGAGCCACUUGAAGGUAAGCUUCAAAGUGCCUUUGAUACUUUCAUGGCUAACAUGAGUUGGGCUGUGGAAGGGUUUCAGGGGUACCUUGCAAGCAGCGGUGGGCGAGACAAGCCACGCAGAACCUCCAGUCCAUGCGGGGGCAUGGAAACCACGCGAGAUGGCAGCGACAAGCGGCCCAAGAGGAAGCACGGGUGCUUCUUGUGUGGAGGGCCACACCGGACGAGGGAAUGUCCACGGAGGGACGCGCUUAAUGCCAUCAUCAGGGCUGGUGAGGAGUCCAGCCACACGGGGGAGGUCAGCCACAAGGUGAAGUCCGAGCCUGGGGAGGCAGAGGAUGUGGCGUCGAUCUCACACCACCAGUGGCAAAGGCAAGGGAGCCAUGCCGCCAAGCCUGAGGAGUCUGGCCACAUGGGAGAAACCAAGCCUGAGGAGGCCAGGGAUGUGGCGCAAGACGCGGGCGACUCACGGCAGCAGCAAGACGUGGAUGCAGAGACUUGCGGCAACUUGCGGGAGGGUUCGAGGCACUCGACGCAAGGUGCCUUGACGAGGGAGUCAAGGGCUUUGGUAGGGGAGAGUGUCACGGCACGUGAGUUGGGGGGCCGAAGUCGAGGGCAUCAUGGCACGGAGCUGCAGCCACGGGCACACAGGGGGUGUGUCCAGCGUCCAGGAGGCAUUCAAUGCAGCGUUGCGAAGUGCGAGCGCGAGGAUAGGCACGAGCACGAGCAUGGACGCCAGCAGAAGCGCAGUCGGAAGCAUGGAUGCGGGCAUGUGGGAGGCGGGUGUCGGUGUCGCGACACGGGGUUGCGGCUACGACACGUACGUAUACGAGGACGCAGCCGCAAGGUGGAUCGCGGAAGACGCAGCGGGCCUUACCAGUGGAGGCGUCGAUACCGGGGCCGUGGCGUGAAGUUGCGGACAGGACGCGUGGAAACAUGCUGGAGCAGUCGCAGGCGACUAGCGGGGGUGCGCGAGAGUGUCCUGGCUCGAGACACGAGCGCACGCGGGAGCGGUCAAGGGCGUCCACGGUGCAAGCCAUGCCAACAGCAGACUGGAGUGGACCAGAAUUCUCUAGAAGCUACUGGGCAUGAACAGUACCAGAAAUGGAUAAGGACGUGUACAGUUCCAGACAGGGGUCUGGAAGGGCUUUUUGGGCCAAGCCCAACCUGGGGUUUCUCUUGGGCCUUGUAGAUAAUUCUAGAAUAGGGGAUUCUAGAAUAAUAUAGGCUUAGGAGGGAGAAUGGAGGGUAUUCUAGUAAUUGUACAAAUGAGGGAAAUUUGUGGAGUGUUCUAGAGCCUUCACUUGCAGAAGGGCUUGAGCCUGAUCUCUUCUAUAAAUAGGGGUGGCCUGAGUAGAAGAGGGAGAUUCCAGUUAGAGUCUGGAGUGAGGCUUGAGUGAGUGAGCUGUUAGGUGAGAGUGAGUGUAGAGAGGGGCUUUGUACUCAAACUCUUGUACACUCCCUUGCGAUCUUAAUAAAUUCUUUUCUUCUCC